UCAAGCAUGAUGGCAUUCGCGUCGCCGUAAGGCAUCAGACCCUAAACAAUCAAUCAGCUGGUUCCCUGUGGACAUAGCAAGAUCACGCACCGCCAAGGAUCCUCUACCAGCCAUCCGAUAACGACCCGAGUUGUAUAGGAUGAUGAGGUCAAUUCCCCCCGCCUCUUGUAUCUUUGCACUGAGCCCAACCCCUGCACCUCCGCCCACAAUCGCCACCCCUCGGCUGAUGUUAUCUCUCAGCCGCUCCAGCACUUGCUGUCGCUUCGAGGUCACUUUCUCCGUCAUUCAAGUUGUGGACCUCUGACGAGAAUAGUGCCCCGCACUUUUUCCACGAGCUCCGUCUCGCAUCCACAUGUAUGACAUAAUCCGAGGCAAGGCCCAGGCUCCAUAUCGUCAAACGUGUUGGGCCAAGGUCUCCCAGACCUGAUCUGCUUUAACAAUGCCACCCACUGUCGCAGUUAUAGGUACCUGCGACACCAAGUUAGAGGCUCUUCUCUUCAUCAAAAGAACUAUUCAAUCAACUGCCGUCUGCGAGGCUAUCCUGAUCGACAUCGGGUCCUAUCCUCCAUCUGAUUUGUGCGACAUCGACAUUCCCCGCUCAGAUGUACUGAAGGAAUGUACAUCUACUGUUCAUGAUACAUCUUCCCGCAGUCAAGCUCUGGAGACUAUGACCAUCGCCUUAACUCAGCUCCUAGCACGUCUACACUCAACUCAGAGUAUCGCAGGGGUCAUUGGCGCGGGAGGCUCGGGCAAUACGAGUGUCUGCACGAAAGCAUUCCGAGAUGCCCUACCCAUCGGCUUUCCCAAGCUGAUGUUGUCCACCAUGGCAUCCGGGGAACGUUGCCCACUAUGGAUGGCGAAACAUUCUCUUAUUCGUGCGGAUUUGAAGUCAUCACGCCCGACUAUUGCAGUCAGCAUGUUUGGCUUGACCACUCCAUGUGUGCAAGUAGCUACCCAGAAGCUGGAGGAGCUGGGAUACUCUGUAAUGGCAUUCCAUGCUACAGGUGCUGGGGGCUUAGCAAUGGAGAGACUCGUCCGCGAGGGUCAUUUUGUUGGGGUCCUUGACAUCACCACUACUGAGCUUGCGGAUGAACUAGUGGGUGGUGUACUCACUGCUGGUCCUCGUCGUCUCGAAGCAGCAGCAAGGUGUGGUAUUCCACAGGUGGUGUCAGUGGGAGCCUUGGAUAUGGUAAACUUUGGACCAGCGGAUACCAUUCCGAAACAAUUCCAGGGGCGACUAUUCUGUCAUCACAACUCUUCAGUCACCCUGAUGCGCACCUCCCGCGAGGAAUGCUCAAAGCUCGGUCAGAUCAUGGUAGAAAAGCUGAAGGGAGCACCCACCGAUAAGACACGCGUUAUCCUGCCCUUGCAAGGCUUUUCGGGUAUCGACAAAGACAAAGGUCCAUUUCGCGAUGCUGAAGCGGACGGCGCUCUACUGGACGCACUGAAGAGUGGUUUGCUGUGUCCAGUGGAAGAGCUUGGUGUGAAUAUCAAUGACCCUUCUUUCGCAUUGAGGGUCGCCCAGGCGUUGCACGAGCUGUUACUGGACAGUAGAUUGUAAUGUGGUAGAAAUAGCAGUGAAAUUCUCGAUUUUUGCAAUACCAGCAUGUAGUAUAGAUAGGGAAUAGCAGGCAAAACAGUUACAAUGUAGCGAACAAGCAGUUAUCCACGUCCAUUCAAAGUCCCAUGUCCAUGGCCGUUGUACAGCUGCAGUGUAGCAUAUCGGUCUCGGUGAAUGUGCGACAAGGGAGACAAGAGAGGCUAUGGUUACAAUAUUAAACGAGAAAGAGAAAGAUGAAGAGAUGAAGAGGCGGCGAUACUCAACAUAGUGACGGAUAUACAAACUAGGAAGACAUUCGGCACAAAACAUAUAAAUCUAUAUCCAAUGUUAGCGAUCAAGGAUUUUUUACAUUCCUCUGCAGAGGGAAAGAGAAAGGUCAUAAAUUCGUGAAGGGGCUAGCUUUAGUAGGGCACGCUACCCAUACCCAU